AAUCGUUUAUUCGCGCCAGAUCUUGAUGUCUCGUGUGCUUUUGCUUUGCUGAUUGAAUACCUACUUCGAUUCGGAUUUAAUUGAUUUAUGUUUUAGUAUCUGGUUUGUAAGGUGUUGAGCUGCGACUACUCGUGUUUGAAUUUCUGAUGAUUAUUCAUGAAAACAGAUGUAUGAGGCUCAGUUACACAUAUGUAUGUAUGUAUAUGUCGUCUGAGUCUUUUAUAUUGAUGUGGAUUGGUUGUGGACUAGAUUCAACAUGGAUAGAGUAAAUUGAAUUGUGUUUUGACAGUCUGCGUAAUCCUGUGGAUGCAUAAUAAAUUCUUGUCAGUUGUCAAGAGUCAAGAACAUUAUCUUUAUAUGUUGUCCUUGCGACUAACCUCUGAAGCCGAAGGUCUCGAUUCCACUAUGGUGUGGUAUUUAAAUUUUAAAUUGCAAUUAAAAAGGUACCUCACAGACUUGCUGGCAGAACGUAACAAGCUCAAUCCUUUUAUGGCUGUGCUUCCAAAUUGCUACCGGAUGCUGAAUCAGGAAAUAUUGCGUGUAACUACACUGUUGGGGAGUGCAUCAGUUUUAGAACAAAGUAUGCUUGAACAUGCUAGCCCCCUGGCUUCAGGAGGAAUAUAUUCAAAUGGAGGAGCUAACGCGAACAGAUGGGCAUCAUCACCCUUUCAAUCAGAAAUAUCUAGUGUAAUGCAAUCUUCCUCCACUCCAAACUGGCUUGGUUCCCAAGGUAGCUCUUCUGGUCUCAUAGUCAAGCGGACAAUCAGGGUUGAUAUUCCAGUUGACCAAUAUCCUAGUUAUAAUUUUGUUGGACGCCUCCUUGGCCCUAGAGGAAAUUCUUUGAAGCGAGUUGAAGCAACUACCGAGUGCCGUGUUCUAAUCAGAGGGCGUGGCAGUAUCAAGGAUCCAACAAGGGAGGAGAUGAUGAGAGGUAAACCGGGAUAUGAGCACCUCAAUGAGCCUCUUCACAUACUUGUCGAGGCAGAACUGCCUGUUGAGAUCAUCGAUGCUCGUCUAAUGCAGUCACGUGAGAUACUAGAAGAUUUACUUAAGCCUAUGGACGAAGCUCAAGACUACUAUAAGAAGCAACAGCUGCGAGAACUGGCACUGCUGAAUGGUACACUUCGUGAUGAUGUCUCUCAAAUGUCUGGUUCUGUAUCACCCUUUCACAACAGCCUGGGAAUGAAGAGGGCGAAAACCAGGGUGUGAUCAAUGUUUGGAGUUCAGAUGUCUUCCAGCUCUGCCUUGAAAACUGCAGUUCCUAUAGCACAGGUCUAUUGCUGUGCCAGCCGAUGCCUGUCACUGCGCCGUCGGGGCACUGGUCUACUGAGUGCCAGUUCUAACCUGUCUCUAUAUGAUAUGAGUGCUUUUAUAUUACCCGUGGGAGAUUUAGUAGCAGUAAAAAUGUUUGGUAAUGGAUGUUAAUGGUGAGGGGUUUGGAGUUUGUAUGUUGUUUCCUGGGCAGUUUGGUAGGGGAGUAUUCUCCCCCCAGAAGAACAUCGCCUCCUAUUAUUUUAUUUGUUGUUAGCUUAUGCUGUGAGUUUUAUCUAUUAUGGAACAUAUUUGUGAUAUUCAUUAUGGAAUAUGUAAUGUAUACUCUGCAAACAUGCUAAAACAUUGAUGCCUGCCCAUGUAGUGAAUUUUUGGGAAUGAAUCAUUUAUGUAUUGUCAAUUUCCUCA